CAGUUGCGAGGGCAGCCGGGUCUUCUCGCGCCAAGGCGGAAGUCGCACGGAAGCCGGAACUCACAGCCUGGGGUCCUGGGAGCUGGUAUCCGCCAUCAUGGUGAGGAAGCUGAAGUUCCACGAGCAGAAGCUGUUGAAACAGGUGGAUUUCCUGAACUGGGAGGUCACUGAUCACAACCUGCACGAACUGCGUGUGUUGAGGCGUUAUCGGUUGCAGCGGCGCGAGGACUACACGCGCUACAAUCAGUUGAGCCGAUCUAUGGCCCGCGGGCCACAUGCGGCCCUCCGAAAAUUUAUCCAGCCUGCCUCGUACAUCUAAUGAGAGAAAACGAUUAUGGCAUCGCUGUUGGACAAGCUGUAUGCCCUCGGCCUGGUGCCCACGCGCAGCUCUCUCGAACUCUGCGACUUCGUCACGGCCUCGUCCUUCUGCCGCCGCCGCCUGCCCACCGUGCUCCUUAAACUGCGCAUGGCACAGCACCUCCAGGCCGCCGUGGCCUUCGUGGAGCAGGGCCACGUGCGCGUGGGCCCCGACGUGGUCACCGACCCCGCCUUCCUUGUCACACGCAGCAUGGAGGACUUCGUCACCUGGGUUGACUCGUCCAAGAUCAAACGACACGUCCUGGAGUACAAUGAGGAGCGCGAUGACUUCGAUCUGGAAGCCUAGCUGUCUUUCCUCCCCACCCCGUCACCAGUGCCGCAUGUUAUAGAUGGGGAAGCUGAGACCGGAUGCUGGAGAUUCUGUGAAUGCGCUUUCCCAAGAAUGUGUCAACCAAUCGUCGUUUCUUAAGAACUUGGCUCCUUAGCUCCUGGCCACGCUUACAACCAAAGGGUACACCCUUGUUUUCUGAAAAUUUUCUUAGCUCUUGGAUUAUUGAUAAAUGGCUGCUUUGAAACAAUGGAAAGCGGUUUUGUGCUGCGCUAGGAAUUGUUAGAUUCUUGUACUUUUAAUAUUGUAGUGUGAAAGCAAGAACUUUGCGCCCGCCCCCGCUUUCCCCUUAUCUCAUAGCAGGACAGUUAAUUUAACUCGAAUUCUUGCUCCUGGUGAUUAACUUGUGUACGAUCAUGGAGAAUUUGGUUUUAAGUUUUCAUAAAAUGGGGUGAGAGUUUAGUGUUUAAAGGAGUGCUUUUUUAAUGCCAAUAAAUAAUUCAACUGCUUUGUAAGUGCAAAA